GCCGCCUCAACCCGCCGCUGCGCGCGCCGCGCUGUCGGUAUAUAGGCACAUGCACGCCGCGCUCCGUCUGUGUCUCGCCGGAUCCAGUGAGUGGUAAUGCCGCUGCUGAGCCCAAAGAAAGGGGAAAGAACGUGGGGGAUGAAAAGCAAGAAGAGAGAAAGAGAAAAAGCAGGGCCAGCUGCACCGUCAUCAGGUGAAGGAACGGGAUGUGGUCCAGGAAGAAGGAGGAUCGCCGUCGCUUUCGUCGCGCGGGCCGCGGUGGGUGUUUCAGCCGAGGGCCGAGAACUGUUGGCAAAGCUUCGCAUCAAAAGAUCGUCAAGAUGUAGAGAUGGCGACAAGAUGGUGGCUGUGAUGUGUACUGCAGGGUCACGUGUGCGUGUCAGGGUGCACGGUCCUCAGCGUUCGCCCCGGCCAAAGCUGUCUACAGUCUACCUGCAUUCGAGUGCACAAUGAAGGAACCCAGCUUCAAGAGGAUCCUCGCUGGGCAGCUCUACGAUCCGCAUCUUUUGAAGCUCUUGCCCAACCGAGUCAUCGUCGUCGACCGCGACACGGGCCUGAUAACCUCAGUAGACACCUUCACGCCCUCGUACGCGGACGCCGCGCUCUCCGACCCACACACGAUCGACCUGCGGCACCUGACGGUGUGCCCCGGCCUCGUCGAUGUCCAUGUCCACUUCUUCCUCCACUCCUACGCCGAGACGUCGUGGGAGGAUCAGCUCACAAAGGAGAGUCUCGCGGAACGCACUGUGCGCGCUACCGUGCACGCGCGGCAGACGUUAAUGGCAGGAUACACCGCCGUCCGGGACCUCGGUACCGAGGGAGCAGAGGACGCGGACAUUGCGCUGCGCAAAUGUCUAUCGGGCCCGGGCGCCUUGAUUCCUGGGCCGAGGUAUUUUACUGCGAAUCGAGCGAUUGUUUCAACGGGUAGCUACGGCCCGAGAAGCUCCCUGUUUCCAUCGAAAGAGGGGGUCGAAGGCGUGGUUGGCGCUGAAGCAGCAGAUGGAACAACAGAAUGCAUGCGAGUUGUGCGGAAACAAAUCGGUGCUGGCGCUGAUUGGAUCAAGAUUUAUGCGGACUACCCCAUUCGAUCUCGCCUAGCGGACGUGUCGCCUAGGCUGGCGGGCCGUGCUAUUGCGACGUUCAGCAGGGAAGAGCUUCAGGCUUUGAUAGACACCGCUCACCGCGCGGGCAUUAAAGUAGCCGCGCACGCUAAAACGGCACCCGUGAUCAAAGAAUUGCUUGCGCUCGGCGUGGACUCUCUAGAGCAUGGUUCUGACAUCUACACGAGCCCAGAGAUCAUCAAGACCCUAGUCAGCCCGGGCUGUAAAACAGUUUGGGUGCCGACCCUGGCCGCAUACUAUUCCUCGCGGGAGCGUAAUCCAGCUGGGUGGGAGGCGUCUGAACAGUCCUUCCGGGCUGUCCUGGCUGCAGGGCUGGGCAACAUCGCUAUCGCCUGUGGCGGUGAUACUGGGGUUUUUCCGCACGGACAGAACGCAUUGGAAAUGGAGCUGAUGGUGCUUCUCGGUGCGCCAUGGAAAUGGGUCCUGCGCUGGGCAACUCUCGGAGGCUGGGAAGCCAUCCGCGGGUACGAGGCUGUUGACAGCUCGCAGACAACGAUCGGCGACAACGCGGUCCCUUUUGGGUCGAUCCGCCCGGGGUGGGCUGCAGAUCUUGUCGGAUUCAGAGGCGAUCUCGCAAGCGACUUUGGCCAGACCGUGCGUCGUGUAGAAUUUGUGAUGAAGGCUGGCCGGGUGCACAAGCAUGGAGGGACGGAGAUAGCAUGA